AGUACGUCAAUUCGCUAGAUUCCGAUCAUUUACAGUUCGCAGCUGUGCGAUUUCUGAUGAGCAAGAAAAGAGAGACGAGAAGAGGAGAUUCGAAUCAUCUGUCUCUUUAAAGCCACUUAGCGAAGCUUUGCAUAUUCCGAAAAAGACACCGACGUCUUUCCCCUCAGCUGCAGCGCACGCGCGCACUGCCAGUGUUCAGGAAUGGAUACGUCCAACAUACUCUCCGCUGGAUAAGGAACUCUUUCCCUUGUUGGAUAUUAGAUGUUUUGGUGGAUUGCGUGCUGAGGAAUCGUUUGGGAAAUAACAGUUCGUUCCGGUUGACGAGGACUUAGAAGCGGACCGUGUUGUCUCGGAAUGGUUGCAUGGUGUCUCUUCAUGGUUGCCUGACAGGAGACGUGUAGUAAAUACUGUGUGAAUUACUCGUCUACGUUCUUCUCUUUAAUUUGUUUGGCAAACACGCGGAUAUUUUCCGGAUCCUUAUUUGUUGUUUCUGACACAGUGGGUUACGAAUAGGGUGGAAGAAGAAAAGCAGGGCCAGCGAUAUGAACCCUCCGCCCGGUCUGCAGUAUGCAGACAUUGAUGUUGUUUUAUACGGUUGCAACAAAGUUGCCUCGCGAGUGGAAUUCACACUACUGUAAUUAAACAGCCAUUUUGCACCUGUUUAAAUGAAGCGGACCGCUUCGAUCUUGUAACGCCGUGUUUCGACACGGGCUUUGGAUCAAAUACUCGCCUCAACCUGCAUUGAUCAGUUGACCAUUUGUUUGUUUAUCAUAUUACGGAGCUUAACAUCCAAGGUCAUACUGUAAACUGUUUACCUAUUCUAUUUAGUGUCUAUGGGCGUGUUUUAUUGAUUUUUGGGGAAUCGACUGGUUUUUAACGUGAUCAAGUGUACAUUUUUUUUUUUUUUGAGGGAAGGGCAUCGCACCGAUUUUUAAAAUGGAAGGGAAAGUGAAGCAGAGUCGCAGAUCCCGUUCGCAGCGGGAGAGGGGACGGAAACGGGAGGCGGGCGCCGGGGAAGCCCGCAAUCAGAGCCCCUCGUCUGGUUCCGAACGGGAGCGAAGUCUCGGUAAAAAGGCUCCUCCGCGUUCGACAUCCUCGAGCAGAGCCCCGCGACCCCCCAGACGGAAGAGACGUGAAUCGAGUUCCCAGGAGGAGGAUAUUAUUGAUGGAUUUGCUAUUGCCAGUUUCGCCAGUUUGGAGCGUCUCGAGAACAAGCAUGUUUCCGUAAAACUGGAAAAGAAAAAAUGGGAGGAGAUCGUGGCUAAACGACAGACGGAGGCAGAGGAGAGUGUCACCCCUGAUUUAGAUGAAAACUGCUUCAGCGAUCUGGCCACCAGCAUGGGACAAGGUCAAGAGCGAGUGAAAGAUCGCCUUCUGAAGAAUACAUACUCCAAGAAGAACAAACGGUCUAUGAGUCUUCUGAGCAAGGCUGUGCGUAAAAUGGAGGAGCCAGAGGUGAACAUGGCACACAGGAGCGGCUCUAAAGAUCGACUCAGUGAGAGCUCCACUCACUCUCUGUCAGGACGAGGGUAUUCGUGUGACAGCGAGAGUGACAUCGAUGACAAGUCAGAGCCCCCGCAGUGUUGCUAUAGAGGGGCAUUGGGAGACGCCUGGCAGAGACUUGCAGGAGAGCUAACACAUGGCCUUGACAGGCGGAAUAUGCGAGCCCAUGGACGGAGGGAUGACUGCCAAAUGAGUUUGAUGUGCGUCAGUAGCGGUAGGAGAGCUCCAUCAACACCCACUCUCAGCCCUGAAGCCCCAUAA